AUGGCGCCCCAGACGAUUGCUGGUGCAUGCGUUGUCUGGAGCACCUUCAAAUCCUACUCCUACCCGCCGAGACCCGCCGUGUCGUCUUCCCUCAAGAAAGAAGAUGUCCCGCACAUCACCGUUAUUCGUCCCGUCAAGGGCCUCGAGCAUGGCCUCUACGACUGCAUUGCUUCCUCAUUCCGACAAAACUACCCCGCCGACAAGAUGACUAUCUACCUCUGUGUAGCCGAGAAGAGUGACCCCGCAUACCCUGUGCUGAAGAAGGUCGUGGAGGACUUUCCCGGCUUCGAUGCCCACGUACUCGUGGAAGAUGAAGAUCCUUUGCUGCACGGCCAGUCAGGCCACAUCGACAACCUCGGACCGAACCCUAAGGUCAGGAACAUUAGUCGUGCCUACCGCGAGGCCAAAGGCGACAUCAUCUGGGUCAUGGACUGCAACAUUUGGAUUAGCAAGGGGGUUGCUGGUCGCAUGGUGGAUAAGCUUCUAGGCUAUGAGGCCGACGGCAAACAAGUCAAGCCCUACAAGUUUGUCCACCUGCUGCCCAUCGUUGUCGACACUGUUUCUCCUCGCGAUGCUCCUCCCCGGGAGACACAGACCCUGCUUUCGUCAGGCCCCGAACCCGACUCUUAUCAAAGCCACAACGGAUCUUUGUUGGACUACGCGCGAACCCAAGGCGGUGGACGUCUCGACGAGAUGUUUAUGGCUACGACGCAUGCCAAGUUUUACGGCGCAAUCAAUACCGUUGGUGUCGCCCCUUGUGCUGUGGGCAAGAGCAACAUGUUCCGCAAGUCACAUCUGGAUCAGGUGACGGAUCCCGCCCAAAACCCAACUCUCCUCGCGAACAAGAACCUCCCCAAAGGCAUCGACUACUUUUCCGAGUACAUCUGCGAAGACCAUCUCAUCGGCGACCUCCUAUGGAAAUCAAACCUGCCCGGCUUCAGGAACCAUGGCCUCGUCGUGGGCGAUAUUGCUGUGCAGCCCAUGGCUGGCAUGUCUGUUCGAGCAUACUUCAACCGCCGUGCCAGGUGGCUCCGGGCGCGCAAGUAUACUGUUCUCGCAGCGACCUUGGUCGAACCUGGUGUCGAGUCCCUGCUCUGCUGUGGUUAUUUCGCCUUCGCCGUGACCACGCUACCCUGGUUCGGCAAGACAUUUGGCACUUCCCAGACUUGGGGUGCCUUCGGUCUUUACUGGUUGGCUUUCGAGUUCAUCUGGAUGACCUUCGACUGGUUCACGUACAACCGCCUUCACGCAGGACACACUAUCGAAAUCGAUGAGAACACCCCGAAGUUUGCCAGAGGCACCGCAACUCCCGGCGGCGCCCCUGCCAGAUCUUUCUUCGAAUGGCUGCCUGCUUGGCUUGGGAGAGAAUUCCUCGCUCUUCCCAUCUGGACCUGGGCCGUUUUCUGCGGAUCCACUGUGAAUUGGAGAGGUCGGACUUUUAACGUCCGCACCGACAUGAGUGUUGUUGAGGUUGAUGAGACGCAGACGGGCUCAUCAGGAAGCAGCCAGCGUUCAAGAAGUAAAGACCGUUUAGAUUAG